AUGUUCAGUCAACCGACACUAAAUUAUCCACUGAAAUGCGGUGUAUGUGGACAAGAAUUCGAUAGGAUAAAAAUUGAAGAAAUGAUUAUCAAAAGUGAACAUUAUGAACAGUAUAUAGCCUGUAUAUUUCCACUAUAUUGGUCAGAUGAAUGUCUUGAAGAAUACGAGCAAUUAGCUCAAUGUCCAUUCUGUCCAUAUCUUGAAAUUCAUACUACUGAUGCUUGUUCGAUUCAAUUCUUAACAUGUCAAAAUCCUGCCUGUGGUAAACGAUCAUGUCUGAUUUGUUUACAUGCUAUCGACGAUGAUUUGGAUCAAUCUAACCAUCAGUCUAUUUGUAUUCAGUUACAAAAAUACAAACGAAUGGUCGAACAAGCUAUUGAGCUCGGAUCUGUACGACGAUGUCCUCAUUGUCAAUUGACAGGCAUUAAAGAUGAUAAUUGUACACAUAUGGUAUGUGAACGAUGUGAACUUAGUUGGUGCUAUGUUUGUGGUAUGAAAGAAGAAGAAUGUGAUGUAGAUUACUGUGCAGAUCAUACUCUAUCAGAUCAUAAUCAAGGAUGGGAAUCGAAUGAAAAACGAUGUCCAAUGUACCUAUACAAUAUUUAUAACAUUGAUAAUCGAUGGCCAACAUCGGAUGAAGGAUGUCUUGAAUAUCUUCACCGUUAUCGUACUUUGUGUGAACUUUCGAAUGUACUAAAGAUUAUUGGAGAAGACAAAUUUUAUGAAUUGAAUGAUACUUUCCGUAUAAUCGAUGCUGCUGGAUAUACAAUUGAUGAAAUCAAAAAUCAUGAAACUUGUGUUUUAAUUAAAUAUCCAACAAAUAAUGACUAG